GAAAAAGAAGACGCGAAGACUCGGACUCAGAUGAAGAAAGUGGAACCCGAAAAAACGAUAAACAAACACCGAAAACCUUGACUUCUCUCCUUGCUUCGUCAAUAUUGCAACCUCCUGCCAGAACGAAUCCUUUUCACAAGUUUUACGAUCGUGAUCAGGCUCUAAAUUCGAUGUUAGAAGUCGCUCGCUACAACUACCAGGGUCGCAACAGUCCCGACCACAAAGAUCAUAAAUUUAUCAUAAUUCCUGGAGGGAUAGGAAUAGGAAAGACACGGAUGGGCUGGGAAUCAAAGCAUCUGUCCUCUAUACUGUCAACAAGAAGUAACGACACUGCUGAAUUUGUGGAGGCUCUAAAAGAUCCCUGUUACGUCUUUAUUGACUUAAAUAAUGGAAGUAAAUAUAUUAAAGGUUUCGAUGAUGUGGAAGAUCCAAGUGUGCGAAUAGGAGCGCGUGUUGCAGUGGCUUCAGGGUUGGUGCCUGAGUGUCCUCGUCUACAUUGUCUAUUAGCAGAAAACGAUCCAAAACUCUUCAAACUUUCUGAUGUGAUAUGCGAGAUUCUUAAACGUCGCUUUAAAAUGCAUCAGCGUUCAGUUGAGGCUAUUAUCAUCCAUAUUGACGAAUUUCAACUUUAUAUUGAUGAUGUUCAACAAUACCAAAAGAUGAAAUGGAUGCAAUCUUGCGACUUCUUUAAAUCAAUGCUAAGGAAGAUUGGUAGUGUCAUGCGUGGUAAUAAUAUGAAAGAUGAGUAUGAUAAAAAAUAUUUUAUCAUCCCGAUCUGUACAGGAACGUCUGCCAUUGACAUUCAUUUCUUAUCUACGGAGCAUACUCAAGAAUUGUUUGCUCUCAAUCCUUUGAAUUAUGACUCAGCAAAGUCAAUGUUUCUUGAUGAGUUCGAAUAUUCGAGGCAAACAACCGAAACGGAAAGAAAUAAUGUGGUUCAAGGUCUCAAAUUACAUUAUUUCUCUGAUCUUAAUAAUGAAAAUAUCGAAAGUCUUUCAACGGA